AUGGCGGAUUUUUUUUCAACUCCAUCUGAAUCUGGAAGAAGAGGAAAGGUUUGUGGCUUCGCUUCAACGGCUGGACGACGUAUUCAAUCUAAUCGCACUCCCUGGCUUUCCAGAAGACAUACUCCGUACGUUACAACCCCCAAAUCUGGACGAAUUACUCGAAAACAAGAUGGGGAGACUACACGAUCUCUUCGCAAGACCGCAAAUCGUCAAGAAAAGGAAAACUUUCCAACCACUGUAGUUUCUCACGGGUCGAAGCGAUCUAAUGCUAGAAUUUUUCAAACUGAGGGAAAGACUUCAAACUUCUUUCAGGAUAUUAUUGGUAAAACGCUUCGUGUGUAUCAGGCAUCGCCGCUUUAUGAUUUUGACGCUUCCAGCGUGACAACAUAUGCAGAGCAAAUUUCUGGGUUUCUACAGUUAGAGACAGAUAAACAGCUUUUAGUUGGAGCAAAUGGCGAAAUCAAAAAUCGCAAAUACAAAACUGACAUCUUUGUUUUCAAAGAUAUCACAGCUGAAGACACGAAACUUUCAGCUGUGAAAGUAACCGUCAACAAUUUUACAGAAAACGCUUCUACCAAAGUAAAAUCAACUUCUGAUCCAAUUUUGACAAUGAUGAUGUGCUCUGUGGAAAAGGAAGCUUCAGAAGAUACGAGACUGCAAAGACAAUUUACCUCUUUACCAGUUUGUCUCAUCAAAGGUCCCGCAGACCUUUGCAGAAGUUUGAUCCAAUGGUUUGAGCAGAAAUUUGAUUGUAGAAUCACCCCGAUGACUUUCUCAUCCACAGAUCUUUGUUGGUAUUUUUCUCUCUGGGCAGGGAUGUCAUCAGCUGGCAAAUCCUCACCAAUCGAACUUUGUUACGAUGCUUCGACUGUGACAGGACUGAACAGAAUUUUAUUUAGCAUCGAGGAAAAGGAUGCAAAAGAGAUCUGGGAAAAUAUCCACGACAAAAACUCUUUCAUUUUUACUGAAGAAGAGUCGUUGACUUUUCUCAAGGCUUUGGAGACUCACUUUUAUCAUCAUUUUAAGAUAAAUCUGGAAGGAUUGUCAGUUACUAGAGUAAGGACAGCAAUUGCUUGCAUUGCCUCAGAAGGAAAGCUCAAACUCGUGCACUCUCUUUAUGCAGAUCAUAUAUUAGAGCAACUAACACAAACUGCCCUUACAAAAGAAUUUUAUGGGAGGCUGUGA